AUGGCAAACAACAACUAUCAAUGGCCAACCGAGAGGCAUAAUGCAAGGAAGGCCACUGGAAUUCACGAGGUUGACGCCAUCACUGCACUCUCAGCACAAAUGUCAUCCUUGACGAAUAUGGUAAAGGCAUUAAACACACCGGCAGGGGUAAAUGCAAUGCACACCCCUGGUUUUUCGUGUGUUUACUGUGGAGAUAGCCACCAAUAUGAAGAUUGCCCAUCCAACCCUGCCUCUGCAUGCUAUGUUGCUAAUUUCAACAAGGGUAGUCAUCACUAUUCAAAUCCUCAUAACCAAGGGAUGAGGCAACAUCCAAACUUAUCAUGGAGUAAUCAGGGAGCAGGAACUAGUCAGCCCAAUGCCUACCACAGAAGCACCUAUCCACCUGGAUAUCCACCGCAACAACAAAGAACUCAAGCCGUGGAACAAUCUAGCUCUUUGGAGAGCUUGUUAAAAGAGUUUAUUUCAAGGAGUGAAGCCAAAAUCCAGAGCCAUGAUGCAGCACUGCGGAAUUUAGAAAAUCAGAAUGCUGCAGCAUUUCCGCAGCAUUCUGGAUCAGCGGAGACCAGCAACCCUAGUGGAAGCCGACCACCUCUACCAUUCCCACAGCGUUUCCAGAAACAGCAACAAGAUGGGCAGUUCUGCAAGUUUUUAGAGGUUUUGAAACAGCUACACAUCAACAUACCGCUAGUGGAAGCCUUAGAACAAAUGCCAAGCUAUGCUAAGUUCAUGAAGGAUCUCAUGACCAAGAAACACAGGCUUGGGGAGUUUAAAACAGUGGCCUUGACCGAAGAAUGCAGUGCUAUUCUGCAGAACAAACUCCCGCCCAAGCUAAAGGAUCCAGGAAGUUUUACUAUUCCAUGCUCUAUUGGAAAUCAAUACUUUGGAAGAGCAUUGUGUGACUUGGGAGCUAGCAUAAAUUUAAUGCCGAUGUCCAUAUUCAAGAAGUUGGGUAUUGGAGAAGCAAGGCCGACCACAGUAUCUUUGCAGCUGGCUGACAGGGCCGAAAUCCGACGCUGCCUCUUAGAUGGUCGUCAAACCCCCGGCUCUAGAGACGAGGCUCUAGGUCUCAUGACAAUGAUUAUGGUGGUGGUGGCGACUUUGUGGACGGAGGGGAGGGAUAUGACGUUUAUCCCGUUAGGUUUGAUCUUAUGUGGUAUUGUGAGUGAUUCUGAUGCUCUGAGUCUUUUACUCUCGGUUCACUGGUUUUAUCCAUCAAUCAUAGUGGUUUUGUUAAAUAAGCUUUUGUCGUGCUCGAUUAUUAAUGUACCAAGCGAGUUUUUCCCCAUUGGGACUCAACAUUCCUACUCGUCUUUGUCCGCGGCUGAAUACUCUUAG